UGUUCCAAAACUCAUCGAGAAGAAAGAGUUUCAACCUGUCUGCUGUCAAGUGUAUACGUGUUAGCAUGUUUUGUAAUUCGCAUAGACAUAACGAAUUCGAGUUUUCCAUCAUUGCGAUGUGUCAUACGCACGACGAUCGUUCACAGUGAUAAAUGCCAGUGUACUUAUCGAAUAACACAAGCGACGUUCACCGUUAACGCGAAAAAUGGCGUGGUUCGGUGACAGUUUAUCCAGUAUCUCCAGUUUAAAAGGACACAUCACGAAUCUCACGAGGGAGGUUUUAUCCGAUGGUAUCGUUGACGAAAUAGAUGACCGAUCAAAGGAGUUGAAGGAGGCAAACGAAAGAUGCAUCCAACUGCAGGAUCUGCUUACCACGAAAGAUGCAGAGAUUUCUCUCCUGCGUCGACAGAACUGUGAGCUCCAGAGAGCCGUCAUCGAGAUAAACGCAAAGUCCAAGGAAUCGAGGGACGCGAAUCACACCGAUGAGGCCGAAGGGAUUUUCUGGGAACCAUCGUGCGCAAUCGACAAUCGCAACGCAAGGAAUCAGAAUCAUGUACGCCAGCUACAGGAGCAGUUGGCACAAGCCACCGUGAAAGUACGCGAAUUAGAAUGCGAGCUAAAGCACGUUCAGAAGGUGAACGCGUCCUUCAAGGAUGAUAUAUCCGACGGACAUCAGAAGGCUGAGGUUGUACGGGCUAAACAAGACAUGCUGAAUCGCAUAAUACAAAUGGAAGAAAAGACCCGGGAAGCAGAACGAAACGCUAAACAUAUCCAGUUGGAUGAAGCCAGUCUUAUCAAUGAUUUUCGUUCGGUAAUAUCAAAAUUAAAUUCACGUGAGAAAUUUGACUUAAUCAGCGGAGCGUUAAAAGCUUUACAAAUUGAAAACGAAGCGCAAAAAGAGACGAUUGAAAAAAUUAAGGAUCAUGAAAAAUCCAACCAAGAUCUCGAAAAAGUCGAUGUCUUUGAAUAUAAUUCUUUAGCUCUCAAACAUGCAAAUUCGCAAGAGGGCAAAUCGCAUGAUACGACCGAGGAACUUUUGAUCAAUAAAGAAGAGAUGUUACAAGAGAGAAUAAAUGAACUCCAAAAUGAAAAUAAAGAUCUUCUAAAUGUUAUGGAAAAAUUGGACGGGGAAUAUACGCAGUCGAUUGAAAAUUUAUUAUCGGUCAAAGAGGAAAGUAAUAAGAAGCAUCGCUGUCUACAAAAUGAUUACGAACAACUUUCCGUACAUUACAAUGAGGCCAAGAAAAAAAUAAUUGAAUUACGAAAUGACUUAUUGAAACGCGAUGAAAAUACCUGUACAGAAACAAUUCAUCAGUUUAUUCAGACGGAUAAUAUAGAUAAAUCAGACAAACAUGUUCAAAUAACAGUUUCUUCACAAGAAGCUGACAUAGUAUCAGAAACAAGCAGACUAGACGAUAUUACUGAAAAAGUUAAAAUUAUUUUAAAGAAUUGUACCAUAAGUACUGAACCGGGAGAAUCAAUCUUCGAAGGUAUUGCGAAACAAUAUGUUGAUGCUAAAUGGAAGCUAGAUGUUUUGGAAAGGAAGAUAACUGAAGUUACUAGAGAUUUGAAGGAAACCGAAGAGAUGAAAGAUGGCUUGCAAAUGGAAUACGAAGAACUGCAAUCUCACAUAGAUUCGUUAUUGUUGGAGAAAAAUAUGAGAAUGAAAUCGUGUCAGGGUUUAGAUUUGAAUUUGCCAUCUAUUCCUGAGACAAGCGAAGAACGAGUAGCUUCUCUAGAAAUGGAUAUUGAAUCUUUACGGGAAGAAAUAAAACGCCUCUUGACUGAAAACAAAACGAUACAAGAAAGAAAUUCAACUUUGAUGCUUGCUGUACAAAGUAACGAAGUGCCUUUAACGAACAACAAUGAUUUACAAGGAAAUAUAAAUCGCAAACUAUAUACACUUAUAGAGGAAAAUAAAGAACUUCCAAUUGCUUUAGAAGGGAGUAAAAACUCAAACGCAGAUAUAACAUUGAUCGAGCAAUUGAAACUCGAUCAUGAAAAUGUGAAAGGAGAAUUAAAGCUAUCCGAAACGAAGUCAUUAGAAACUAAUCUUGCAUCUUUGCAAGACACUGUACAUAAAUUGACAGAAGAAAAUAAAGAUUUAUUACGGAAGAAUAAACACUUGGAUAUGCAAUUACAUGACAAAGCUUUGUACGAACGUGACCUACAAGAAGAAACUGGUUAUUUGUUGGAAGACUUGCAAAAACGACUCAAUAAAGCCGAUUGCGAAAAAUUAGAUUUGGAAAAUGACAUUUUACAUAAAGAAGAACAAUUGGCUGCGAUGCAGAUUCAAGUUGACAUGAGACAAUCUGAAAUAGUAAAAUUCUAUCAGGAUAAUGACAGAUUAAUUAAAGAAAAUACAUCUUUGUCAGAACAAUUAACUGCUACGCACGAUGAAUCCUUGGAUAAGAUAGAGUUAUUAAACACGGAAAUGUCGUUGCUUCAGCAAGAACAUGAAGAUUUGAAACAAGAAAUAUUGAUUUACAAGGAAGAAUUACCUGUAUUGAAGGAAAAAUUAUACAAGGCACAGCAACAGUAUACAAAACUGGAAAAUGAAUAUUAUGCAUUUAAGUUGCAAAGCGAGCAAUUUCAAUUACAUAAAAAGUAUAUUCAAAGUCAAGAAAUAAAACCCGGAAAUGAAUCAAGUCUCAAAGAAUCGUUGACAGAAGAAUUGAAAAAAAAUGCUGCGGAGAUAUCUUCGACAAACAUAGACAAAACUAAUAAACAGGAAAAGCUUUCAACUGAAGAUAACUUAAUCGGAGUAGAAAAUGCAGUUGUAGACGUGAACAUAGAAAAGCAAGGUUUAAUGACAAGAGAUAUAAACAUAACAUCUAACGAACAACAAACGUUUAAAUCAAUUGUCGAUGAAGAAAGACGAGAAAAAGACAUCAUAAAAGCGCAUAACGAAAACUUGAUGGAUGAAAUUAACAAUUUGCGCAGCAAGUUACAAACCGCUUUUGAGAAUAAUAAAGAAUCAGCAGAAAUGGCUAAACAAACUAUUGAAGAUCUUUCUCAUAUUAUUAGAGAAAAAGACCAGGAAAUAAAUAUUUUACGAACUGAGAUAACUCACGCGAAGAAUAUUAUCGCGCAGUCUUCGGACGAUCUUGCUGUAAUCAGAAACCAGAAGAGUGAGAUUGAACAACUCGUUUCUAUUAAACACAACGAAAGCUUACAAUAUCAAAACGAGAUUCAAAAGUUAAUUCAUCGCCUAAAUGAACAAGCAGCUCGCAUCCAAGAAUUAUAUUUUAAGCAAACAGCGAACGAGAUGCGUAAUAAGGCGAAUGUAGAGACUCAGCAAGGAGGUCACGAUGGAGUUGAUUCCAGCCAAGGUAUCGAAAUCAUGGCUCUGAAUAAAAAAUGCGACGCCCUAGAAGCUGCUCUGAUGCAAGAACAGUCUAACACUAGAAUUUUGCAAAACCAGCUUAUCGAAAUUCAAAACAAGGAAGCUAAUUCCGGUAAAGAAUUAGAGAGAUUGAGAACACACUUGGUCGAAAUGGAAUCAAGUUAUACGGAGGAAGCCUUAAUCGCAGAAAAUAAUCGUCAGGAGUUAGAAGCAAGAUUAUUGCAAGCUGAAGAAAAAGUAAAAAGUAGUUCAACCGCCUUCACAUCGGCAAAUAUUAGGGCUAAUCAGCAAGUAGAAACGUUGCAGCAACAAAUAGCUUUGAUUACUCAACAAAGGGAUCAAAUACAGGCGAAAUUAUCCGCAGCAGAGGACAACAUUCAGUUGCAGUCUGCCUCUUUGACUAAUUUACAAAUAGUUUUGGAACAAUUUCAACAAGAUAAAGAACGCGACGUCAUGGCGGCUACAGAAAGACUUCGAUCUCGACUCGCUGAGUCAUACGAGAAACAAGAUAAAUUAGUAGAUGACGCUUCAAAUCUGCAGCAACAGUUACGUGAAGCUAGAGAAUGCUUGAAAGCUGCCUCUAGACUAAGCGAACAACUCGAGAAAAAGGACGAACAAAUCGAGCGACUCAACGAGGAAGUGAUACGAUUGACAGCAUCUUUAAAUUCUGCUGAUCAAAAGGUGAAAGAGGCAACGGAACAUGAUGAGGGAAAAGUUGACAAAGUCCUCAUAAAAAAUCUUCUUUUGGGCUAUUUGGCUUCGACCACGUCGGACAAGUCUUCAAUUCUCAGAGUCUUUGCCAACGUCUUGGACUUCACCGAGCCGGAGAAAGAUAAGACUGGCUUGAAUAACGUGAUAGCACACAGUAGCCGUCAAGCCAACAAAAAUAGCGGCGCAUCUUUAAAAGAUCAAGAAGCAUCCUUAUCAACGGCCUUCGUGAGGUUUCUAGAAAGUGAAUCUAAGCCAAAGCCUCAGUUACCAGCUUUGCCUAUUGUGAAUUCACCUUCAUCGCGACCAGGAUAUAAUAAACAACAGUCAUCAUCAUCAUCAUCAUCGGCGCAAUCUACAUUACUAUUGUCCAACGUUGCUCUUCCAACAUUCCCAGACUUUAUUCCAGCCAGAAAUACAGGAUCCAUUUUGAAGGAGGUGUUGAAGGAUAGUUGAUAUUUAAACACGUUAUAUUAAACAUUGUACAAAUAACAUUAGAAACUAUAAUAUAAUCGAUUGCAUUUUAUAUCAAUCCGUAAUAGUUAUUUCUACCGCCUAACCGCAUACCAUUUCGAUCACUUUGCAAACAAUCCUAAGAUUUUUUUAAGUAAAACUCUGUAUGCAUAUUAUACAUAUAUGAAAAAUAAGAUUUUUGUUUCAUUUGAAAUAACUUUAAUGUAGCUAUAAAUGUUACAAUGAACAAAAAGUAUACUAUACCGCUGCACUCUUUCGGCGCAGCAAAGUAACAAGAUUCUCUAUUUAUAACGGUGACAUCAUAUAUAAGUAAUAAAUACAUAGUAAAGUUUCGUUGUGUAACUAACGCGCGUACUAAAGGCAUAAAUACAAAAUAAGGCUAUGUAUUCAAACAAAAUUAGUGUACAAAAUAUAAAUCUAUUCAACGGGGCUUCGUAACACAUACAUUAUUACCAUAUUUUAUACGAGAGAUAUGUACAUAGAUCGGCAUUUCUUCAUUGAAGACUCGAUCAUACAAAAACUGGACAGCAUUAACAUUUUACGAAAAAGUGGAUGUAGGGCGGUAUACAUAGUUUGUUCUUAUUUUAAGACCGUCUUCAGUGAUGCUAAUGCAGUCCUGAUCGACUUAUGACAUCUUAAAAUAGUCUCAAAUAUAAAAAUCGACUAUGAAUACCGGCCAUAUAUAUAUAUAUUUUUUUUUUCAUUGAACAACUGAAGCUAUAAAUUUCUCAAUAAUCAUCAUAAGAGUAAACAGACAAUAGCCAUUAAUAAUUAA